AUGGCUUGGGGACUACCGAAGCUGCCUGGGUUGACAUUCGCUGACCCUACAAAGACUCAAUAUCACAUUCGGAGUUCGCUUCGUUACUAUCAGGGGCACCGAUUUCCGGACACCUUGAUUCGAGGACCUGGGGGGACAGACACUGAUGUGGACAGCAACGCGUUUGCUUUACCAGAGGACUCAGUAAACUACGAUCCAUCAUUGACAUACGGCCGAGUGAAACAAGCCGCUUUACCAGCCGUGGUCCCACACUGGGUUCAUUACGACAAACGUUGUCUCAACUUUACGGCGUUCUUCAAGCAACCUGUUUACGACAAUCCAGACGAACACUACAGAGUUCGCGUCGUCAACAUCGUCUAUUUUCUCGAAGAUGACACUCUCACUAUUAUGGAGCCGAGAGUUAAGGUAUUAGCAUGA